GCGAUGACGUCACGCCUGCGUCAGCCCACUCUCGGCCGAAAAUGCUAAAGUGUGCGAGAUCCGCCUGCGCUGUGAAGAUCUGCUAUAGUAAGGCUCUUUGCCAGGCGCUCCGAGUCUGUUUCCCUCGGCCCUCGCUUCUCUGCACGGACCCGACGGUCACAAGCAUGGAUCUGAGCAAUAUGAGAAAGAGUUACAAAGGGGACGCGGAGGCCUUCGAAGAGAACCAGCUGGUGUCCCUCGACCCCAUCCUGCAGUUCGGGGACUGGUUCGAGCAGGCAACCAAGUGCCCUGCUAUUGGCGAAGCCAACGCCAUGUGCCUAGCAACGUGUUCGAAGGAUGGCCGCCCGUCCGCCCGCAUGGUGCUGCUGAAGGGCUACAGCCAGGAGGGCUUCCGCUUCUUCACCAACUACGAGAGCCGCAAGGGAGCCGAGCUGGAUAGCAAUCCAUUUGCAGCUCUUGUGUUUUACUGGGAGCCCUUAAACAGACAGGUGCGGAUCGAGGGCCCGGUGGACCGGAUUCCCAGGGAGAGCUCCGAGGAAUACUUCCACUCCCGGCCCAAGAGCAGCCAGAUCGGAGCUGUGGUGAGCCGGCAGAGCUCCGUCAUCCCGAGCCGAGAGUACUUGAGGCAGAAAAACGCAGAGCUGGAGGAGAAAUAUCAGGGUGAAGAGGUACCAAUGCCAGACUACUGGGGUGGCUAUAUCCUCAGGCCUAAGGUCAUGGAGUUCUGGCAGGGUCAGACCAACCGCCUGCACGACCGCAUCGUCUUCCUGCAGCCGGCGGAGGGAGACGCCGUCGAUGGCGUGAUGCAACACAGAGGGGAAGGCGGAUGGAUAUACCAGAGGCUGUCCCCUUGAGGGAGAGAUGGGGGAGGCCGGGACUUCUUGCAGGAUGCUAGGAAUUUAAAAAAAGAGCGAGAGAUGCAAGAGAGACUCCUGUCAGCGGUUCAGAUGAGCCGAAUCCCCCCCAUGUGUUCUGUGUAGUUUGUUUUAAUCAGUGACUUCGGAGCUCCUCCUAUGUGUUUGAUGAGAAUCGUGGCCCUGGUGUGUGAAAAAAGAAAAAUGAAUAUCCCUUCGGGAUGUUUUAUCAACAAGCUGAACGAGGGGCUGGAUUCAGACAAGGAAGUGUUGGAUAAUGAACAUCUGAGAGUACAAAGAGCCUGACCAGGAAGUACCAGAGAUCUUUUAGCUGGACUGCACAGCGUCUAUCUGCCCAGCCCAGUCCCUCCAUCAGCAGAGACGGGACUUUUGGUUGGCACCUAGUUCCUGAAAUGCCAUGCAUGAAUUUGUAAAUAAAUAUUAUUAAUACUAUAAUUUUAUAGUUAGACUGUGCCAAUUUAUCAACAAUACCUCUCUUAAGUAUGGUGGAUGUUUGCUCACCCUGGAAGUGGCACUAAUGAUGUCUAGGUGUGUUAAAGGUGGGUGAAGGGUGCUGUAAUGUAAGCCCUCCGGUGAAUUGUGGGAAGUGGGUAUGCUUCUGUGCUCAGCUGUGUGCUAGGAAAGACCAUACUGCACUUCCUUCCUGUCCAGCUGAAGGCUUUACUACAGGGGUGUCCGGUCCUGCUCCUGGAGGGCUGGUCAUUGUCUCUGCGGUUUCUCUUGUUCUCUUUAAAGCAGCAGCAUCUGCAGAGCUGGGAAAAGUUGUUACUGGCUUCACUGGAGCAUUUUAACCAGCUGAUUUACCUCACUUAGUGCUGAGCUGGCUUGAAAACCUGCAGACACUAGCCCUCCAGAACCAGGAAUGGACAGUCCUGUAGAUGCACUGGCCCCCAGGAUCAGGACUGGACAUCCCUGCAGACACACUGACCCUCAGGACCAGGACUGGACAAUUUUGCAGUGAAGCCUUCAGUUAGGUAGUGAAGAAGUAGUAGUACUGUCUCUCAACCACCUCUGCCACACAUCACAGCUGUUGUUGCUCAUGAUGGUCUUUUAAACCCUCUGCUUUUUUCUUGUCUUGCUGUGACGGGGUCCCUAUGACAUUACCUACAAGUGGAAUGUGUGCUUUGUGCAGAAGCUCAAGUGUGCCAUAUUGUAUUCCAUUUGUACUAAUUUCUGUGAGUCAUGUUGGAGGUGAUAUGACCCCUUUGGGGUAUAGAGAUGCCCCUGGCAUCUUCUGGCUUCUGCCCCAGCAGCUCUGACGGCUCUCUCACACCGUCCUCUCCUGGUGCUCGUGAACUGUCACAUCAGUCCUGCCCAUCUCUUGUUCAAGCCUGAAAGAGCUUGCUGGAAGAGGAGUGUCCAGUGCUUUGUCAUCAAGCCUCAGAAGAAGGCUUGCCUCAUGAUUGUCUAGCCCAAGGUCAUUCAGGGUCUGGUCCUAGAUGGCUGGUCAGUGUGUCUGUAGGUGUUCUAUCCUCUUUAAAGCAGCAGCACCUGAAGAGCUCGGGGAGGCUGAUAAACAGGUCCAAUUAAGCCACUAAUGAACUGAUUGAGGUCGUUCGUUCUAGCCUAGUGUGAAUAUUCUUCUGAAUAACUCCCUAACAGGAGGUUUGAGCUAAAUAAGCUAUCAUGAAGGUGAAAAUACAAAUUAACUCCAUGGCUGGGGGGAGUGAAUUGAUAUGUGGUGCUGUUUUUUCCCCUCUCUAUCUUAAAAUCAUUUGCCAGCUCUGUAAUGUUUAUUUUUUAGCAGAAAAUGCGUUUUCUUGGUCAGUCAGUUAAAAAAAAAAGUUUGGCCAACUUUCAAACAAGCAAACCCAACUGCCAAGGUCAUUCAGUGUAAUAACAAAACUCUCUAACAGUAAAGGAGUUACUCUAAUAAAAGUCAAACCUUUCCAGUGUAA